AUGAAGCGGGAACUGUGCUCAAGGGCCUUGACUCAUACCUUCCUGGCCGAAUUCAUUGGCACAACGGUCUUUGUGUUCGUCGGCCUGGGCUCUGCCCUGCCCUGGCCCCUGGCCUCCCCUUCGGUCCUGCAGGUCUCUCUCGCCUUUGGCCUGGCUAUCAGCACCUUGGCCCAGUGCUUGGGCCAUGUCAGUGGCGCCCAUCUCAACCCUGCAGUGACCACCGCAUUCCUGCUGGGCUCUCGCAUCUCCCUGUGCAGAGCUGCUUCCUACGUCCUCGCUCAGCUCCUCGGAGCCGUGGUGGGAGCCGCUCUUCUGUAUGAGUUGACCCCCAGUGAGGUCCACGGAAGCCUGGGGGUCAAUGGGCUCCAGAAUACCACGUCGGCAGGACAGGCUGUGACCAUUGAGAUGUUCCUCACUCUCCAGCUGGUGCUCUGCGUCUUUGCGUCCAGCGACAGCCGCAGGACGGACAACGUUGGCUUCCCGGCAUUGUCCAUUGGAUUGUCAGUCACUGCAGGACACCUGAUAGGGAUCUACUACACUGGCUGCUCUAUGAACCCGGCUAGAUCCUUUGGCCCAGCUCUGGUCAUGGGGAACUUUGCUAACCACUGGAUUUUCUGGAUCGGACCGCUAGCUGGUGCCAUUGUAGCCAUGAUGCUAUAUGACUAUCUUUUGUGCCCGCAACCCAGGGGCACGGCAGACCGAAUUGCCAUCCUCAGAGGAGACCGUGAUCCUGAGAAAGAAGCAGAGCAUGAACGCCGGAAGAAGCUGUCCUUGAAGACCUACUCUCCUCGGCCCAGUAUACCUGAAGGAGUGUCUCCACCUCCCAUCUUUCAGCCCAGACACAGAUCUAGCUCUGAAGGCCUUCUGGCUGUUAACUUCAUUGCGAUAAAUGAGGUUACAGGGAACCAGGCAGAGGGCCUUCUCGGUGGUUGCGCCCACCCCAUGGAACACCCUCCUGUCAGGCGUCAAGGAAAUAAACAACUAUCUGACUUUUAGAAGUCAUCUGAAGGCAGGCCGGUAUAGGGAAGUUUUUAAUGCUUGACAUUUUACUGUGCUUUUUAAUGUGUUUUUAAUUCAUUGGAAGCCACACAGAGUGGCUGGGGCAACCCAGUCAGAUGGGUGGCAUGUAAAUAAAUUAUUAUUAUUAUAUGAAUGGCUUAGGUCCAGUAACCUUUGUUAGGGGCUGCUUGCUGUAAUAUGGACCUUCCUGGGAAUUCAGAUCAAAUUCCGAGGCCACCUCAGGAUAGCCACUGGGUGAAUGCAAGAUGUUUUUUGUUUAGCUCUGGAAUGUUCUUCCCAUCAAGAUCCAUCAGGCUCCCUCUGUGCCUUUUCCUUAUGCAGUGGAAGUCACUUUUGCUUGGGCGGGCUAUUAAUGUACAAUGUCUUUUCAUUUCCCUGCUGCUGACUUUCAGUGCUUCACAUCUUUUACCUUCACCCUAAUUGCCGUUUCUCUUAGUGGUGCUUGUCUUUAACAAUCAGAAGCCAGAACUGAGCAGGACUUGCGUCAAUCGAUGGGUCUAGUGUGCCUUAAUGUUCUGGGAAGCACCUUCCAGUUGGUUAGCUGAAGAGGGGUGGGGUGGGGGGAACCUGUUUCCAAGCAGUGGCAUUUAUUCAUAUCGCAGAAUUUAGCUUACAGAACAUAUCAGAAGACACAGGAUGCACUUGAUCAUACACAAACCAGGCCUUUGCUAAAAUAAUGGGACUUUGGACUUUAAGGUGGAAUGUGAUGACAUUUUAAGAGGAAGAAAAUUACCGGUAUACAUUUUUAGGUGCCAGGCAAAAGCGUUCCUUUUUAACCAGGCCUUUGGUUG